CUUUUUGGGUCAUGUCAAUGUUGCCUUGUUCCUCUUCCUCCGCCACUUCCUCUAGGCAAAACGAAGACUAUUUAUAUGAAUACGACGAACUGGAACAAAAAUCUAUUUUAGAUGCCAAGCCUUGGACUAAGGAUCCCAACUACUUCAGGAAAGUUCGAAUAUCUGCAAUUGCACUUCUCAAAAUGUUGAAUCACGCACACUCUGGAGGUAAUAUUGAAGUUAUGGGAAGUAUGCAAGGAAAAGUGAAAGGAGACUGUUUUCUAGUUAUGGACGCUUUUCCUUUGCCAGUGGAAGGUACAGAAACAAGAGUAAAUGCUCAAGCACAAGGGAACGAGUUUUUAGUAGACUAUCAUGAAAAGAGCAAAACUGUGCAGAGGCCCGAGCACGUGAUUGGUUGGUAUCAUUCACACCCCGGAUACGGCUGUUGGCUCUCCGGAAUUGAUGUGUCGACUCAAAUGACACAACAACAGUAUCAGGAUCCCUUUGUCGCUAUCGUUGUGGACCCCAUACGAACCAUUUCUUCGGGUAAAGUGGACUUGGGUGCUUUUAGAACGUACCCUGCAGACUAUAAACCCGCAGAUUCAGAAGCUGUGGAGUAUCAAAACAUUCCUCUGAAUAAAAUCGAAGACUUUGGAGUUCACUGCAAGCGUUAUUAUCAACUGGAAGUCUCCUACUUUAAGUCAAGUUUAGAUUCUUCAUUACUGGAUUUGCUUUGGAACAAGUACUGGAUCAACAACUUGUCUUCAAGUCCACUGGUUACAAACCGAGAGUAUAUUUCUAAACAAAUUUCCGAUAUUGGAGAAAAAUUAGAACAGAUACAAACUCAGGUUUCUAGUUAUUAUCAUGGCUUUGGAUACAAAAGUAUGGAAUUUUCUAAUAUACGUGACUCGAGAAAAGGAAACAAGAUGACCCAAGUUACUCGAGAUGCAGAAAGGACAAGCUUUGACUUAGUGCAAGGAUUGAUGAAUCAAUUAGUCAAAAGCAAACUAUUUGGUGUUUAACAUCUAUUACAGUUUCUAAAUGAAGUAUCUUCUUCAUGU